AUGCCCUUCAUCACAGUCAAGGACGGCACCGAGAUCUACUAUAAGGACUGGGGCAACAAGGAUGGGCCGACGGUGGUCUUCUCGCACGGCUGGCCCCUGAACGCCGACAACUGGGAGGCCCAGAUGUUCUUCCUGGCCAACAAGGGCUACCGCGUGGUUGCGCACGAUCGUCGCGGUCACGGACGCUCCAGCCAGCCGUGGGACGGGAACGACAUGGACACGUACACCGACGACUUGCUCGCCUUGUUUGAGCAUCUGGACCUCAAGGACGUCAUGAUGGUCGGCCACUCGACCGGUGGCGGCGAAGUGACUCGCUUCCUGGGCCGCCACGGCAGUAGCAGGGUGCGCAAGGCUGUGCUCGUGGGCGCGAUCCCGCCGCUGAUGCUCAAGACCGACACCAACCCGCUGGGCCUGCCGAUGGGCGUGUUUGACGGCUUUCGCGCCGCCAUGGAGAAGGACCGCGCGCAGUUCUUCCUCGACGUGCCCAGCGGCCCCUUCUUCGGCUACAACCGCGACGGCGCGGACGUGAGCCAGGGCCAGAUCUGGAGCUGGUGGCAGCAGGGAAUGAUGUGCGGCUUCAAGAACGCCUACGAGUGCAUCCGCGUCUUCUCCGAGACCGACAUGCGCGAGGACCUGAAGAAGAUUGAUAUCCCGGUCUUGGUCAUUCAUGGCGACGACGACCAAAUCGUGCCCAUCGUGGCCAGUGCCCACGAGUCGAUCAAGCUGCUCAAGCACGGCACAUUGAAGAUCUACCCGGGCGGUGCGCAUGCGUUGCCCAACACCGUCCCGGACGAGAUCAACAAGGACUUGCUCGAGUUCUUCCAGGCCUGA